AUGUAUCUUCAACUGCUCAAACCCACCCUCGCCCGGUGUUCAGUGCGUCCGUCCUCAUCGGGCGCCUACACCCGAUUCCCCAUUGACGAGAAAUGGGCGGCGAUGGCGAAGAAGGCGAUGAAGGGAAGAGAAGCGGACACUCUGACCUGGAACACUCCGGAAGGAAUUCCAAUCAAACCACUUUACUUGAGAGCUGACAGAGAGUGCGAUGCGAGCAGAAACGUCGAGCUGCCCGGACAAUUUCCAUUCACUCGCGGACCGUACCCGACCAUGUACACACAGAGACCGUGGACUAUCAGACAAUACGCCGGAUUUUCGACGGUCGAAGAGUCGAACAAGUUUUACAAAGAAAACAUCAAGGCAGGACAGCAGGGACUCUCUGUCGCCUUCGAUCUGGCCACUCAUAGAGGGUGCAGAAAUGAGAAAAGUAUUCGAAUUAUAUAGCUGUUCUGUUUCAGAUACGAUUCGGACAAUCCGAGAGUGUUCGGAGACGUCGGAAUGGCUGGAGUGGCCGUGGAUUCGGUGGAAGACAUGCGUCAGUUGUUCGAUGGAAUCAACCUCGAAAAGAUGUCCGUCUCGAUGACGAUGAACGGAGCAGUCAUUCCAGUUCUUGCCAUGUACGUCGUGGCCGCCGAAGAGUCCGGAGUCAGUCGCAAGCUGCUCGCGGGAACUAUUCAGAACGACAUUCUGAAGGAGUUCAUGGUGCGUAACACGUACAUUUACCCGCCAGACCCGUCUAUGCGAAUCAUCGGAGACAUCUUCGCUUACACUUCCAGCGAAAUGCCAAAGUUUAACUCGAUCUCGAUUUCCGGAUAUCACAUGCAGGAAGCUGGAGCUGACGCAGUUCUCGAGAUGGCCUUCACCAUUGCCGAUGGAAUCCAGUACUGUGAGACCGGACUGAAUGCCGGGCUCACCAUCGACGCAUUCGCCCCCAGACUCUCGUUCUUUUGGGGAAUCUCCAUGAACUUCUACAUGGAAAUCGCCAAAAUGCGUGCCGCUCGUCGUCUCUGGGCCAAUCUGAUAAAGGAGAGAUUCCAGCCGAAGAGCAGCAAGAGUAUGAUGUUGCGAACUCAUUCGCAGACCUCCGGAUGGUCUCUCACUGAGCAGGAUCCGUACAACAACAUCAUCAGAACCACGGUCGAAGCAAUGGCCUCAGUGUUCGGAGGAACUCAAUCACUCCACACCAACUCUUUCGACGAGGCGCUCGGUCUGCCAACCAAGUUCUCCGCCAGGAUUGCCCGUAACACGCAGAUUAUCAUCCAGGAGGAGAGUGGAAUCUGCAAGGUGGCGGAUCCGUGGGGAGGAUCCUACAUGAUGGAGUCGCUGACUGAUGAAAUCUACGAGAAGGCGCUCGCAGUCAUCAAGGAGAUCGAUGAACUCGGAGGAAUGGCCAAGGCUGUCGCCUCUGGAAUGACAAAGCUUAAGAUCGAGGAGGCUGCUGCCAAGAAGCAGGCCAGAAUCGAUUCUGGCAAGGACGUGAUCGUUGGAGUGAACAAGUACCGAUUGGAUCAUGAACAGACUGUCGAAGUGUUGAAGAUCGAUAAUGCCAGAGUACGAGAGGAACAAUGCGCCAAACUGAACCACAUCAGAGCCACCAGAGAUGCCGAGAAGGCCAAGAGAGCCCUGGAUGCCAUCACUGAGGUAGUUCAACUAUUGUUUAUUUCGAAAACGUAUUUUUUUUCUUGCAGGGAGCCCGUGGAAACGGCAACUUGAUGGCGUUGGCAGUGGAGGCGGCCCGUGCUCGCUGCACAGUCGGAGAGAUCUCUGAUGCGAUGGAGAAGGUGUUCCAGAGACACGCCGCCGUCAAUCGUCUCGUUUCCGGUGCUUACAAGUCCGAGUUCGGAGAGACUUCCGAGAUGUCGCAAGUGCUCGAACGUGUCAAGUCGUUCGCUGAUCGUGAUGGACGUCAGCCACGUAUCAUGGUCGCCAAGAUGGGACAGGACGGACACGAUCGGGGAGCCAAGGUCAUCGCCACUGGAUUCGCCGAUCUCGGAUUCGACGUCGACGUCGGGCCACUCUUCCAAACGCCGCUGGAAGCCGCCCAGCAAGCUGUCGAUGCCGAUGUGCACGUCAUCGGAGCUAGCAGUCUGGCCGCCGGUCACCUGACCCUCAUUCCACAACUUAUUGAUGAACUCAAGAAACUUGGAAGACCGUAAGUUGCUCCUAAAUAAAACUAUCUCCCCAUCUACCAAUUUGCAGAGACAUUCUCGUUGUGGCCGGAGGAGUCAUUCCCCCACAGGACUACAAAGAGCUCUAUGACGCCGGAGUUGCUCUCGUCUUCGGACCGGGAACUCGGCUUCCAGCAUGUGCCAACCAGAUCCUUGAAAAACUUGAAGCCGCUUUGCCUCCGGUUGCUGGAAAGGCGGCGACCCGCUAA